GCCUCUGCUUCCCCAGUGCCGGGAUUAAAGGUAUAUGCCACCACACCCGGCAACUUCAGAGUUUUUGACCUUGCUCUCUGAACUGCACCCAGUCAGAGAUCAAGAGCCAGACAAGAGAGCUAUGAAGGAUCCUGGAAGCCAAGGCAGUGCUGGCAGAGAUUCGGAGGGCAGAUCAGGGCUACUCCAGCCACCGGGGCCCAGGCUUCAGCUGUGUCCUCCUUCCUUGCACUAACUGUGAAGUCACCCAUUUCACAGUUCUGAAAGGAUGGCAUACCUGAGGUCACACAAGGACAAAACCAGGAUUCACACUCAGGUUCGGCUGCCUUGGUUACACCUAUCCUUUGCUUGGUCUGAGUCAGGGCUGCAUUUUGUGACUGACACUUAAGGUGUGGCUGGCUUUGUAGGACUGGAGCAGAGGCCAGAGAGGAAGGGACAGCGCAGGGGAAAGUGGCUCUGUCCCAAAGUUCUGAGACUGCUCGGCCCACUCGCUCGACCUGAUAACAGCCAGAGAGAGAAGCUGCGUAGGUGCUGAGGGCCGCAAUGGCUCAGUUCAUGAGCAAACACACAGGCAGGAGCUGGCAAGAGCGGACAGUGCUUGCAUAGCUGCCGUCCAGACUCCAGACAAGUGAACAUCAGCUCUCAGAGGUUCCUCACUUCCGAAACAGGAAUAAUGUCACUAUAUAGGGUUUGGUUAGUUUCUUUUGUACUGUAGGGAGUUCAGUAUGGCUUGUUUGGGGGAGGGAAGGGCGCUUGCUUUUUUUCAGUACUGGGACAUAGAGUCUGAUGGAUGAAAGGAAGUGCUCUACCAGUCAGCGUACAGCCCGGCAUUCUUAUAGGGAUUUUGAGGUGAUUGAAUGACUCAUGCCUGCCAGGUGUUUAACACAAUGCUGGCAACCAGAGGAAACUCAACCCCUUUGGGGUCAUUCUUAUCGUUUUUAUCACUAUCAUUUAUCAUUACUAUUAGAAAUUGUAGUUCCGGUGCAUAACAAACACCAGAAAAGGGAAGAACAAUUCCUUCCCAAGUUGGCCCCACAUCAGCUGCAGGACAACCAGGAGGGCUCAUUUUCUACUUAUUUUACCAGGGGGAAAAAAAGGUGUUAGAGAUUUGCGGGGAAUCUCGAAGUUCUCACAGUGAACCUGGGCCCACGGUUCCCUCCAGGGAUCAGCCCGAGGCACUGCUGGGGCCCCCUGCAGAGAAGGAGCUCAGCGCUCUGGCCUGCGUCCAGUGGGUGGAGCCCGAGAGUCGGGGGCCGCCUGAAGGAGGUCCGAUAAGGAGAACCCGCUCAUCAGCGGGUGUGCAGGGGAGACCUCUGGCAACAGGGAGGGUUUUUCUAGUUCUUUUAUUCACAGAGGUGCCCCCCUCCCGACUUUACUAUAUUUCUAACAUAAAGAAACAAGCCACAAAACUGAAAUCGAAGAAUGGGAAAGAAAGAAAAAAACUUUUCAUGUUCGAGUUUGCUCUGGACUUUUGUCGGCUAAUGAACGUUUUAAAGGCAGUGCAGGUCCUGGGGUGUUUACCUGGAAAGAGGAGCGACCUGGGAAGCAUUGUGAGUUUGGUUUUCCUGCACGAGCAACAGGUAGCUAGUUUCCAAAAAUAACUUGUACCCCCUCGUCCUCCUUGCCUCUCCCACUGCCCUUGGAUCUUCCCGCCUUAACACCAGGACAGAAAUGUAAACUCCAAGAAGCUUCCAAUGCAGGAGCAGUCACUUCGCUCCACUGUGCUUUGCCAUUUAUAUGACACCAUGUGGAUCCUUACAGAUCUUUUCAGAAGCAGUUCAAGUUGAGGGUGGGAAACGGCAUGGAAGAGAAAAGAUGAAUUUGAGUUUGGUUAUCACUAAGUAAAAACCCUGAGAUGCUGUACAGACGUGACAAAAUGGUUGGCACCAGGUCAAGAGAGGAGAGACCAAGGGAGAGAGAGACACGAGGCACUGAAGCCAGGGGCCACCCCCGUCCCCCACCCCCACAGCAUUGCUCUGGAGUCUGUGGCUCAAGUGGGUGGAGAAAGCCAGCCGGUUCACAGACCUGAAGAGCAAACUGUGGGUAUAAAAGGGUGAGGUGGCCUCUUCUGCACCACCUCUCCACAGCACUGUGCCUUUUAAGAGAGCCUGGCUAUUCUUUAUCAGGCCCUGCCUUCUGCCACUGGGAAGCCAGCCUGAGGAGCCAGGACACCUGCUGAUUCACAUCUCCUUGCCCUUCGACAUGUAUGGAGAAGGAAGGAUGAAUGGACAGUCUUUGAUUGGUGGCACUGAUGACGCCCAUCACGGUCCUCUUUGGAUAGACCCUUUUGGAAAUAGAGGCGAUAAGGCAGCGUCAGGAGGCUUCAGACGGCUAAGCUUGGCCCUGGCACACAGGUGGCAAGACCAGGAGCCAGAGGAAGAGAUAGCCAUGGAAGAUAGUCCCACCAUGGUUAAAGUAGACCGGGGUGAAAACCAGAUGUUAUCAUGCCGGGGGAGAAGGUGCGGCUUCAAAGUACUUGGCUAUGUCACAGGUGACAUGAAGGAAUUCGCCAACUGGCUUAAAGACAAGCCUGUGGUGCUCCAGUUCAUGGACUGGAUACUUCGUGGCAUAUCCCAGGUGGUGUUUGUCAGCAACCCCAUCAGUGGAAUCCUGAUUCUGGUGGGACUUCUGGUUCAGAACCCCUGGUGGGCUCUCUGUGGCUGUGUAGGAACUAUGGUCUCCACUCUGACAGCCCUCUUGCUUAGCCAAGACAGGUCAGCGAUAGCAGUGGGGCUCCAGGGUUACAAUGCUACCCUGGUAGGAAUCCUCAUGGCUGUCUUCUCAGACAAGGGCGACUACUUCUGGUGGCUGAUAUUCCCUGUAUCUGCUAUGUCUAUGACUUGCCCGGUUUUCUCCAGCGCAUUGAGCUCCGUGCUCAGCAAGUGGGACCUGCCCGUCUUCACUCUCCCUUUCAACAUGGCGUUGUCGAUGUACCUUUCAGCCACAGGACACUACAAUACUUUUUUUCCAAGUAAACUCUUCACACCUGUCAGCUCCCUGCCCAACAUCACGUGGUCUGAGCUCAGCGCCCUGGAGCUGUUGAAGUCUCUUCCGGUGGGAGUCGGUCAGAUAUACGGCUGUGAUAACCCGUGGACAGGGGGCAUUUUCCUAUGUGCCAUCCUGCUCUCCUCCCCACUCAUGUGCCUGCACGCUGCUAUUGGAUCACUGCUGGGCGUCAUCGCGGGACUCAGUCUGGCAGCUCCAUUUGAAGACAUCUACUUCGGUCUCUGGGGUUUCAACAGCUCUCUGGCCUGCAUAGCAAUUGGAGGGAUGUUCAUGGCACUCACGUGGCAGACCCACCUCCUGGCUCUUGCCUGUGCCCUGUUCACUGCCUACUUCGGAGCCUGUAUGGCACACCUGAUGGCUGUGGUUCAUCUGCCAGCUUGUACCUGGUCCUUCUGUUUGGCCACACUACUCUUUCUCUUGCUGACCACGAAAAAUCCCAACAUCUACAGGAUGCCCCUCAGCAAGGUUACCUACUCCGAGGAGAACCGCAUCUUCUACCUCCAAAACAAGAAAAGGAUGGUUGAAAGCCCCCUGUGAGAGCAACGCCACGCAACGCCACCCAGCAGCCGUGGCCAUGGGUCAGUUCUAAGUGCACCUCUAGUUGGCUUCAAGGUUCUCCGCCAUUGCUUUUCUUCACUGGGAACGACUUCCACGCUCUCGGCGACCCAUUCUUUUGCUUGCCCCGUGUUUUUCUUUUUGACUGUAUAUUAUCAACCAUAUGAAAGUCAUGUUCAGGUGAUGUCCUCCAGAAUGGAAUUAAAACCCCUCUUCACGUUGGGGGUCGAUGGGAGUAUCACCAAGACUGUAUUUAUAGAGGUAAAAUGUUCCAAGAGAAAGAAGAAAUGGAAGCAGCGACAAUUAUUGUUGUUUAAAGCUAUCUUUGAUGUCAGUAUUAACAAUCAAGCUCUGUAAACCACGUAAGCCUUGCAGAACUCACAGGCACAGAAACAAAGCAGCCCAGGGUUCUCAGAAUGAGUGCCAGUUACUCACAGCAGCCACGUCCAACCCUGCAGUGGGGAGGUCGACCGAAGCGCUGGUCCCCUCUCUCCAGCAGAAUGAGAAUGGUUAGCUUCUUUUUUUCCAAGCUGACUGAGCUGUGAGAAGGACUUUGUUGGUCAAAAUAGUUUUGCACUGUCACACUCAGAAUUUGCAAAAUCUGGUAGCGUUUAUUUAUUCUUUAUGAAAAUAAUGUUUUCCUACUGAUAUAGGUUUGCAGCUAGCCAGUUCUUAGACAUUCAAUAAAACGUAUAAAUGCCUAGCAUACUUGCUUUUACUUUAUAUACUUGCUUUACUCUGUCUCGUUCUCUCUCUCUAAUAUAUAUACACACAUAUAUAUAUUAGUUUUGAGGGAGUGUUUGACAUAGGGCCUUGCUAUGUAGCCCAGGCUAACCUGGAACUCACCAUCCCCGUUUCCAUUCCCUAAGCAUCGGAGCUAUGUGUUGGGUUUUAAAUGCUUCAUAUAAGGCAAUGUCAUCAACCUCGAGGGCCUUUUGAAGCCACAGUUUAAUGAAUUUGAGGCUAUCAUCUAAACACCAGCGGCUAAGCUGCACUCACGUGGUCUUUUCCAGAGUUCUUUCAUUUCUUUCCUCCCACCUCCUCCUCUUCCUCUUCUUCCUCCUCCUCCUCUUCCUCCUCCUCCUCCUCCUCUUCCUCCUCCUCCUCUUCCUCUUCUUCCUCCUCCUCUUCUUCCUCCUCCUCUUCUUCUUCCUCCUCCUCCUCUUCCUCUUUGUUUCUUUAAUUACUUUUUAAGGCAUUAUUUUCUGCAUACUAAUGUUCUGGCUAGCAAACUAAUGGUAUUGGAACCACUUUACAGAAAUACAGAUGAAGAAUUCUCUGGGUUUCUAUUAUAAAUUUUUCAUUCAAAAGCUGUGGUUUUUGGAAAACAAAAAACAAAAAACAAGAACCUUCUAUGCCCAGUCUUGCUGAAGAGGACAGUUCAAAGCCUGCUCCAUUCACUGCCUGCUACCUGUCCAAUGAAAUUUAUUACUGGGGGGGUUGGAAAAGUGAAAAUUUCAAAACCUAAAUAUUUUCUUUUUCCUGACGAGUAUGUUGCUCGUGCCUGAAAUCCUAGCACUAGGGAGACUGCAGUAGGAGGAGCACAAGUUUAAGAGCAGCCAGCAAGGGCUACACUGAAUGGCCCUAGCUCCAAAACCCAACCGAACAAAAACAUAAGCAAGUUCCCCCUCUUUUAAUAGUCAGUGUUAACCAGGCAGUGUGGUGGGAAGCAGGCAGAUGUCUGAGUUCGAGGCCAGCCUGGUCUACAGAGUGAGUUUCAGAACAGCCAGGGCUACACAGAGAAACCCCGUCUCGAACACCAAAAGCAGACAAUAGUGCUGAGAGGACAAUCCGCAGCUUGCUGGACGGCUGAAGCCAGACUGUAGUGCAGAUGCCGUCGGGGGACAGCCAUGUUCCCUCUUCUCAGGAAACAAGAUGAGAUCUGUGACCACUUUAAAUCUUGGGACCAAAGCCCUCCGAAGCUACUCAUUUGCAACUGUCAUAGAUUCCUGAGUUGUCCUAUGAAAAAUCUGGAUAUCCAGUGUUUAAACUGAAAUUUUCCUGCUUGGAGUUGGUGAACAGCAAGAGUGAUGUGCGUGCGAAGACCCCCUCGGAAGUGAAGAAGCCAGAUCCCAGCAGAGCGGACUGAAGCAUCUACAAAGCAACGGAGCCUGUCCCUGCAACAAAACCCUAACUCACCUAAGGCCAUGCCAUCUCAGAUCUGCGAACGGGAACAAGCUGAAGCCCUCUACAUUGUUUUAUUUAUGUAAUAUUAGUGUCUUCAAGGUAUUUUUGUUACUAAGUAUUAUCAUAAAGUUAAGCGAAAACCCCUAGGGGUCAUUUGUACUUUUCCCCCCUAUUGUCUGCAUGACAGAUUCCUGUGUGAACAUAUGAAUAAACUGUAUUCACAGCUCA